AUUGGAAAACAAAAAAAAAAAAAGGUAAAACCCCUCCAGAGAGAGAGAGAGAGAGAGAGCGAGGUAGUGCUCUGCGAGCGAGUUGUCAUUUCCUUUAAAUCCUCCCCUCUUCUUCUUCUUCUUCUUCUUCUUCCAAUCUCCCAUUUUACUCCUUAUGCUUGCAAUCGCCACACCUAUCUCCUUCUUCCAAUUACAAUUCACAAUUAAAAUCCCCAAUUCAUCAAACUAACAAACCCUAAUUUCAAUUCCCACAAUUCAAUUGCAUCUUCGCCAUGCUCCUCUGAUUGUCCGAUAGGUAUCAGUUGACAUUGAGAUUGAGAUUGAACGGUAGAGCCAGAGCGAGAGAGAGAGAGAGAGCGACAAUGGAGGGCAUACCGCACCCAGUACCUCGAACAGUGGAGGAAGUCUUCAGCGACUUCAGAGGCCGACGCGCUGGUUUGAUUAAGGCCCUCACCACCGACGUUCAGAAGUUUUACCAGCAGUGCGAUCCUGAGAAGGAGAACUUGUGUCUAUAUGGACUGCCAAAUGAGGCAUGGGAAGUUAACCUUCCUGUUGAGGAGGUGCCUCCUGAGCUUCCUGAACCAGCAUUAGGUAUAAACUUUGCUAGAGAUGGGAUGGCGGAGAAGGACUGGUUGUCGCUGGUUGCAGUUCACAGUGAUUCAUGGUUGCUUGCUGUUGCAUUCUAUUUUGGUGCACGCUUUGGGUUUGGCAAAAAUGAAAGAAAGAAGCUCUUUCAGAUGAUAAAUGAUCUCCCCACCAUAUUUGAAGUUGUGACAGGCAAUGUUAGGCAGCCUAUGAACCAAUCUGGUAUUCAUCACAACAGUAGCAAGAGCAAAUCAAGUGGGAAGCCGUCUCGGCAACCUGAAAUCAACCCAAGUAAAGGGGUAAAGAUGUCUCCACUAGCCAAAGAAGACGAGGAAAGCGGGGAAGAAGAAGAAGAAGAUGAUGAACAAGGUGCUACUUGCGGGGCGUGUGGAGACAACUAUGGCGCUGACGAGUUCUGGAUUUGCUGUGAUGUGUGUGAGAGAUGGUUUCAUGGGAAAUGUGUGAAGAUUACACCUGCAAAGGCUGAGCAUAUCAAGCAGUACAAGUGCCCAAGUUGCAGUAGCAAGAGGGCUAGAGUUUGAAUCUAGGUUUUGAAUUUGGAGACAACACCGAUCAAAGAAAUCAGAUGAGGUGUUUUACAACUAUCAGUACAUUUUGGAGUAAAACAAAAGUCAGUUGUCUAUCUUUUAGUUAAUGAAUUUGAAUGACUGCAGAUGGGAUUCUAAGUUUUGCUACUUUUGGCUUUUGUUCUGUCUAAUUUUAGCACGAAUUUGUUUCUAAUAUGAAUAGUCAGUUAUAAAUAUGUCCAUGCAGUAUCGGUGUUUGACUUUGAUACAUUUCUAAAUGUGGUUAUGCAGUCUAUUAA